GGAUGACAGGAGCCAGGGAGCCGAGGAGGGAGGAGCCGCCGCCGCCGCCGCCGCCGCCGCCGAGCGCUGGGCUGAGGAGCAGAGAGAGCGGGGCGCGGAGUGCGGGCGGCUGGGAGCGCGCUGAGCGGGGGAGAGGCGCUGCCGCACGGCCGGCCACAGGACCACCUCCCCGGAGAAUAGGGCCUCUUUAUGGCAUGUGGCUGGUAACUUUCCUCCUGCUCCUGGACUCUUUACACAAAGCCCGCCCUGAAGAUGUCGGCACCAGCCUCUACUUUGUAAAUGACUCCUUGCAGCAGGUGACCUUCUCCAGCUCCGUGGGGGUGGUGGUGCCCUGCCCGGCCGCGGGCUCCCCCAGUGCGGCCCUUCGAUGGUACCUGGCCACGGGGGACGACAUCUACGACGUGCCGCACAUCCGGCACGUCCACGCCAACGGGACGCUGCAGCUCUACCCCUUCUCCCCCUCCGCCUUCAAUAGCUUUAUCCACGACAAUGACUACUUCUGCACCGCGGAGAAUGCUGCCGGCAAGAUCCGGAGUCCCGACAUCCGCGUCAAAGCAGUUUUCAGGGAACCCUACACCGUUCGGGUGGAGGAUCAAAGGUCGAUGCGUGGAAGCGUGGCCGUCUUCAAGUGCCUCAUCCCCUCUUCAGUGCAGGAAUACGUUAGCGUUGUGUCCUGGGAGAAAGACACAGUCGCCAUCAUCCCAGAAAACAGGUUUUUUAUUACUUACCACGGCGGGCUGUACAUCUCUGACGUGCAGAAGGAGGACGCCCUCUCCACCUACCGCUGCAUCACCAAGCACAAGUAUAGCGGGGAGACCCGGCAGAGCAACGGGGCCCGCCUCUCCGUGACAGACCCGGCCGAGUCGAUCCCCACCAUCCUGGACGGCUUCCACUCCCAGGAAGUGUGGGCCGGCCUCAACAUGGAGCUGCCCUGCACCGCCUCCGGCUACCCCAUCCCUGCCAUCCGCUGGCUCAAGGAUGGCCGACCCCUUCCAGCUGAUAGCCGCUGGACCAAGCACAUCACGGGGCUGACCAUCAGUGACCUGCGGACCGAGGACAGCGGCACCUACAUUUGUGAGGUCACCAACACCUUCGGCUCAGCAGAGGCCACAGGCACCCUCACAGUCAUCGACCCUCUUCAUGUGACCCUGACACCAAAGAAGCUGAAGACCGGCAUUGGCAGCACGGUCAUCCUCUCCUGCGCCCUCACGGGCUCCCCGGAGUUCACCAUUCGCUGGUACCGCAACACCGAGCUGCUGCUGCCCAACGAGGCCAUCUCCAUCCGCGGGCUCAGCAACGAGACCCUGCUCAUCACCUCGGCCCAGAAGAGCCACUCCGGGGCCUACCAGUGCUUCGCCACCCGCAAAGCCCAGACCGCCCAGGACUUCGCCAUCAUUGUGCUCGAGGACGGCACGCCCCGCAUCGUCUCGUCCUUCAGCGAGAAGGUGGUCAACCCCGGGGAGCAGUUCUCACUGAUGUGCGCAGCCAAGGGCGCCCCGCCCCCUACCGUCACCUGGGCCCUGGACGACGAGCCCAUCGUGCGGGACGGAAGCCACCGCACCAGCCAGUACACCAUGUCCGACGGCACCACCAUCAGCCACAUGAAUGUCACGGGGCCCCAGAUCCGCGACGGGGGCGUGUACCGGUGCACGGCGCGGAACUCGGUGGGCAGUGCUGAAUAUCAGGCGCGAAUAAACGUAAGAGGCCCCCCCAGCAUCCGGGCGAUGAGGAACAUCACAGCUGUCGCCGGGCGGGACACCCUUAUCAACUGCAGGGUCAUCGGCUACCCCUACUACUCCAUCAAGUGGUAUAAGGAUGCCCUCCUGCUGCCCGACAACCACCGCCAGGUGGUGUUCGAGAACGGGACCCUCAAACUGACCGAUGUGCAGAAGGGCAUGGACGAAGGGGAGUACCUGUGCAGCGUCCUCAUCCAGCCGCAGCUCUCCAUCAGCCAGAGCGUCCACGUGGCCGUCAAAGUGCCCCCUCUCAUCCAGCCCUUCGAAUUCCCGCCUGCCUCCAUUGGCCAGCUGCUCUACAUCCCCUGUGUGGUGUCCUCGGGGGACAUGCCCAUCCGCAUCACCUGGAGGAAAGAUGGACAGGUGAUCAUCUCAGGCUCGGGCGUGACCAUCGAGAGCAAGGAAUUCAUGAGCUCCCUGCAGAUCUCCAGCGUCUCCCUCAAGCACAAUGGCAACUACACAUGCAUCGCCAGCAACACAGCGGCCACCGUGAGCAGGGAACGCCAGCUCAUCGUGCGUGUGCCCCCUCGAUUCGUGGUGCAGCCCAACAACCAGGAUGGCAUCUAUGGCAAGGCUGGUGUGCUCAACUGCUCAGUGGACGGCUACCCCCCACCCAAGGUCAUGUGGAAGCAUGCCAAGGGGAGCGGGAACCCCCAGCAGUACCACCCAGUGCCCCUCACCGGCCGCAUCCAGAUCCUACCCAACAGCUCGCUACUGAUCCGCCACGUCCUGGAAGAGGACAUCGGCUACUACCUCUGCCAGGCCAGCAACGGCGUGGGCACCGACAUCAGCAAGUCCAUGUUCCUCACUGUUAAGAUCCCGGCCAUGAUCACCUCCCACCCCAACACCACCAUCGCCAUCAAGGGCCACGCGAAGGAGCUCAACUGCACGGCGCGGGGAGAGCGGCCCAUCAUCAUCCGCUGGGAGAAGGGGGACACGGUCAUCGACCCCGACCGCGUCAUGCGGUAUGCCAUCGCCACCAAGGACAACGGCGACGAAGUGGUCUCCACGCUGAAGCUCAAGCCUGCUGACCGUGGGGACUCUGUGUUCUUCAGCUGCCAUGCCAUCAACUCGUACGGGGAGGACCGGGGCUUGAUCCAACUCACGGUGCAAGAACCCCCCGACCCCCCAGAGCUGGAGAUCCGGGAGGUGAAGGCCCGGAGCAUGAACCUGCGCUGGACCCAGCGAUUUGACGGGAACAGCAUCAUCACGGGCUUUGACAUUGAAUACAAGAACAAAUCAGAUUCCUGGGACUUCAAGCAGUCCACACGCAACAUCUCCCCGACCAUCAACCAGGCCAACAUCGUGGACUUGCACCCGGCAUCCGUGUACAGCAUCCGCAUGUAUUCCUUCAACAAGAUUGGCCGCAGCGAGCCGAGCAAGGAGCUCACCAUCAGCACUGAGGAGGCCGCUCCUGAUGGGCCCCCCAUGGAUGUAACCUUGCAGCCAGUGACCUCACAGAGCAUCCAAGUGACCUGGAAGGCACCCAAGAAGGAGCUGCAGAACGGCGUCAUCCGGGGCUACCAGAUCGGCUACAGAGAGAACAGCCCUGGCAGCAAUGGGCAGUACAGCAUCGUGGAGAUGAAGGCCACUGGAGACAGUGAGGUCUACACCCUGGACAACCUCAAGAAGUUCGCCCAAUAUGGGGUGGUGGUCCAGGCCUUCAAUCGGGCUGGCACGGGGCCCUCAUCCAGCGAGAUCAAUGCCACCACCCUGGAGGAUGUGCCCAGCCAGCCCCCCGAGAACGUCCGAGCCCUGUCCAUAACUUCCGACGUGGCCGUCAUCUCCUGGUCAGAACCUCCACGCAGCACCCUCAACGGCGUCCUCAAAGGCUAUCGGGUCAUCUUCUGGUCACUCUACGUUGAUGGGGAGUGGGGCGAGAUGCAGAACAUCACCACCACACGGGAGAGGGUGGAGCUGCGAGGCAUGGAGAAGUUCACCAACUACAGCGUGCAGGUGCUGGCCUACACCCAGGCCGGGGACGGCGUGCGCAGCAGUGUGCUCUACAUCCAGACCAAGGAGGACGUUCCAGGUCCCCCCGCUGGCAUCAAAGCUGUCCCUUCAUCCGCUAGCAGUGUGGUUGUGUCAUGGCUCCCCCCAACCAAGCCCAACGGGGUGAUCCGCAAGUACACCAUCUUCUGCUUCAGCCCCGGGUCUGGCCAGCCGGCUCCCAGCGAGUAUGAGACGAGUCCGGAGCAGCUCUUCUACCGGAUCGCCCACCUAAACCGAGGACAGCAAUACCUGCUGUGGGUGGCUGCUGUCACCUCUGCCGGCCGGGGCAACGGCAGCGAGAAGGUGACCAUCGAGCCUGCUGGCAAGGCCCCAGCAAAGAUCAUAUCCUUUGGGGGCACUGUGACAACACCCUGGAUGAGAGAUGUCCGGCUGCCUUGCAAUUCGGUGGGAGACCCAGCCCCUGCCGUGAAGUGGACCAAGGACAGCGAAGACUCGGCCAUCCCCGUGUCCAUGGAUGGGCACUGGCUCAUCCACACCAAUGGCACGUUGCUACUGCGCGCAGUGAAGGCUGAGGACUCGGGCUACUACACCUGCACAGCCACCAACACUGGGGGCUUCGACACCAUCAUCGUCAACCUUCUGGUGCAAGUUCCCCCGGACCAACCCCGCCUAACUGUCUCCAAAACCUCCGCUUCGUCCAUCACCCUGACCUGGAUUCCAGGUGACAAUGGGGGCAGCUCCAUCCGAGGCUUCGUGCUGCAGUACUCGGUGGACAACAGCGAGGAGUGGAAGGAUGUGUUCGUCAGCUCGAGCGAGCGGUCCUUCAGGCUGGACAGCCUCAAGUGCGGCACCUGGUACAAGGUGAAGCUGGCGGCCAAGAACAGCGUGGGCUCCGGGCGCAUCAGUGAGAUCAUCGAGGCCAAGACCCACGGGCGGGAGCCCUCCUUCAGCAAAGAGCAGCACCUCUUCACCCACAUCAACUCCACACACGCUCGGCUUAACCUGCAGGGCUGGAGCAACGGAGGCUGCCCCAUCACAGCCAUCGUGCUGGAGUACCGGCCCAAGGGCACCUGGGCCUGGCAGGGCCUGCGCGCCAACAGGUCCGGGGAGGUGUUUCUGACCGAGCUGCGAGAGGCCACGUGGUACGAGCUGCGCAUGAGGGCUUGCAACAGCGCUGGCUGCGGCAACGAGACCGCCCAGUUCGCCACCCUGGACUACGAUGGCAGCACCAUCCCGCCCAUCAAGUCUGCACAAGGCGAGGGGGACGAUGUGAAGAAGCUGUUCACCAUUGGCUGCCCGGUCAUCCUGGCCACGCUGGGGGUGGCACUGCUCUUCAUCGUUCGCAAGAAGAGGAAAGAGAAGCGGCUGAAGCGACUCCGAGAUGCAAAGAGUUUGGCAGAAAUGUUAAUAAGCAAGAACAACCGAAGCUUUGACACCCCCGUGAAGGGGCCACCCCAGGGCCCACGGCUACACAUUGACAUCCCCAGGGUCCAGCUACUCAUCGAGGACAAGGAGGGCAUCAAGCAGCUGGGAGAUGACAAGGCCACCAUCCCUGUGACCGAUGCUGAGUUCAGCCAAGCUGUCAACCCUCAGAGUUUCUGCACCGGUGUCUCCUUGCACCACCCAGCCCUCAUCCAGAGCACAGGACCCCUCAUCGACAUGUCUGACAUCCGGCCAGGCACCAAUCCAGUGUCCAGGAAGAAUGUAAAGUCAGCCCACAGCACCCGGAACCGGUACUCAAGCCAGUGGACUCUGACCAAGUGCCAGGCCUCCACACCCGCCCGCACCCUCACCUCCGACUGGCGCACUGUGGGCUCCCAGCAUGGUGUCACUGUCACCGAGAGUGACAGCUACAGUGCCAGCCUCUCCCAGGACACAGACAAAGGACGGAACAGCAUGGUGUCCACUGAGAGCGCCUCUUCCACCUACGAGGAGCUGGCCCGGGCCUACGAGCAUGCCAAGCUGGAGGAGCAACUGCAGCAUGCCAAGUUUGAGAUCACCGAAUGCUUCAUCUCCGACAGCUCCUCUGACCAGAUGACCACAGGCACCAACGAGAACGCUGACAGCAUGACAUCCAUGAGCACACCCUCAGAGCCUGGCAUCUGCCGCUUCACCGCCUCCCCACCCAAGCCCCAGGAUGCCGACCGGGGCAAAAAUGUGGCUGUGCCCAUCCCUCACCGGGCCAACAAGAGUGACUACUGUAACCUGCCCCUCUACGCCAAGUCGGAGGCUUUCUUCCGAAAGGCAGACGGGCGGGAGCCCUGCCCCGUGGUCCCGCCCCGCGAGGCCUCCAUCAGGAACCUGGCUCGAACCUACCAGCCCCAGGCUCGCCACCUGACCCUGGACCCUGCCAGCAAGCCCUUGGGCCUCCCGCACCCGGGGGCCGCCGCCACAGCCACCUUACCUCAGAGGACUCUGGCCAUGCCAGCUCCCCCAGCUGGCACGGCGCCCCCGGCACCCGGUCCCACCCCUGCUGAGCCCCCGGCUGCCCCCAGUGCCGCCCCUCCGGCCCCCAGCACUGAGCCUCCGCGGGCCGGGGGCCCACACACCAAAAUGGGGGGCUCCAGGGACUCACUUCUCGAGAUGAGCACAUCAGGGGUAGGGAGGUCUCAGAAGCAGGGAGCCGGGGCCUACUCCAAAUCCUACACCCUGGUGUAGGGACACAACCAGAAGAGUGGCCCUCCACCUGGACCUGUCUGCACCUCCAGCCGUCACACACCAGCUGGGCUGAUUUCCUGCAUUAUUUAUAUUAAAUUGACAGAUGAAAACCGACCAACAAGGGAAAGACAACCCCCAAGUCAUGAACGCUUGUACAUAGAACUCUUUUGUACAAAUGAAACUAUUUUCUUCUUCUCCAUGAAGCCAGGGCACAAAGAAUUUGACAGUGCAAGUCAAAUUCCCCACCCCACAAAAUAUGUGUGGAGAGAUAUAUACAUAUAUAUAGAGAGAGGAACACAUCGACAAGCUAUAUAUCUAUAUAUUUCUCUCACCUUAUUUUGAGACAGAGGCACAAAGGCUCAGCAAUUUUUCCCUCCUACUCACCCUCCCUCCAAUCUAGGUGGUUUUGACAAAGACCAAAAUCCCAACUCAGAGACACUGCAUGCGAUUUUACUGUUCCAAGAAAACCAGGAGUUGCUUCAAUUUGCAGAUGCUUAUGUGUUGAUACCUUUUUCUAUGAAAAAAGACCCAGCGCCGUGUGCAAUAAAGGUUAUGUUUCUA